AUGGUAUUAUUUCAACCAGAAACAUUAACUAUUCUUGUACUUAUCGCUGUCAUAUUAGCAGGUGUAACAUUUAUUGCAGUUUCAAUUCUUAUUAUUUAUUUAAUAUGUAUAAGAUAUUGUACUUCGAAUCGUACUACUAAUGAUGAUUCUUUAUCAACAAUACCUUCCGUUUCUGAUAGUAAUCGUUCAUCACCUGUUCCUUCUUCAUCAUCGAUUAGAUCGACUCCAAUAAAAGCUCCUGUAGUAACAAUUCCUAAAAAAAAACAACCACCACCAUCAACACCACUAACAGAUUAUCAUUCUGAUAGAAUUACUGUUAUAGAUGAAGUUUCUUCUGAUGAUGAAAUAAAACAUAAACAAAUUAAGAAACAAGACAAAAUUUACAGUACAACAAUUAGAAAUGACAAUCGAGUAAAUACUCAACAUUAUAUGCAAAGACGACAACAACGAGAAAAACCAAUAAAACCAAUAACAGAUGUUCGAGUUAUUGAUCGACAUACACCAUAUCCAACUGAUGUUCUUCAACGUGAACGAUAUAUGGUUGCUAAUCGUGGAUUUCAAAAUACUCCAUAUGAUCAACAAUAG